AGAGGAAGCUGUGAUCACCUUUUGUUUCUUACCUGCCUCUCACUGCCUCAGAGUUACUUCAAGGAAUCAGAGCCAAAGACUCACAUGAGAGGUGUUUUGAUGAGUUUUCAAAUUUUAGCUGCAGAUAUAGUCUUUCACUGUGUGUGAAAGUGUAUGAGUGUGUGCAUGUGUGUGAGCUGGAAGUAUUUAUUGUCCAUCAUGAGUCUGAAAAGCAGGAGAUUCUCACUGGACAGCAAUGUCUGUCUGGAUGGAGUCGGGGUCCUUGGCGUAAGAAGAGGCAGCAGCAGGUUUAGCAGUAGGAAAUCCAAACACAGCCAGAGUCUGGACGAUGCCCGACUGGAGAUCCAGGUGCUAAAUCACAGCCUCAACUCCAGCAUUGCCCUCAGGAAGCAGACAAUAACAGAGGAGAGCAUUGACCGAUUAGAUGGGCUCAUCAACAGUAGUAGCUUCCUGAAGCAGAACAAAACCUUCCACAAACUGUUCCAAGAGAUUCCUGAGGGGGAGAACCUGACACACACGUUCACCUGUGCCUUGCAGAAGGAGGUGCUGUAUCACGGAAAAAUCUUUGUCUCUGAGAAGUAUGUGUGUUUCCACUCGUCAGUGCUGCUCAAAGAAACCAAGGUGGUGCUUUCUGCGUGCAGCGUCAGUGGGGUGAAGAAACAUAACUCUGCUUUAUCCAUGCUGUCUAUUCAAACUGCUGAUGGAGAGAAGUACACAUUUGUGUCUCUGAGGCACCGUGAGAUGUGUUAUAAACUCCUCCAAAGUCUCUGCUCAAAUGCACAGGGGGAGUGCAGCCCUCAUGUCUCCGCUGCAGAAAACGAAGCUGAUCAUGACAAAGCCUCCAGUUAUUCCAGUUUGGAGGACAGCGUGGAUCGUGAUCUGAGCAGACAGAACAGCAUUUGUCUUGACAACGGCUUUCCUCCGAUGCCUGGUGAAGGUCCUACAAGACGAUAUUCCACCCUCAACACCUCAACAGAUGACGACGACAGACGUUUGUCUGUAUCAUGGGUUUCGAGGAUCACUGAGAGGGUCACACCGCUCUCUUUCCUCAGAGAAGGUAGUAACGCCAGCGUUCUCGCCUACCUCUGCAUUAUGCUGAUGGUGUUGCUCCUGUUGACGUCCGGGUACAUUGGGCUAAGGAUCAUGGCGCUGCAGGAGCAGCUGACUGAGUUGACUUUACACCACGGAGAGUACCAUCAAACGUAGCCAGUAACAGCAGACUGUCACAAACAAAUCCUCCAGUGCACCUCUCUGUUAAGAUCCUGCUGUACAUUGAUCCCCAUCUAGACAGACUCCCAAAAGCAUCUUAGCAGUGAGACUCAUCCGUUUGACACACAGAAACAUCUCUCAGUUAAAUAUACAAUAUUGUGCACAAACAAGUCCGCUCGCAGCAGAGAUUGGCCUCCUGUGUUAGUGCCAUGUCAACAGAGCAUGCAGGUCAGCAGUAAGAUGCUUCUGGGAAGUCUGAAGCGGGCCACACGCAGUGAACUACACGGAUGACUGACUGCGUUGGCAGAGAUGCACCGGGACAUUUUUUCUGUUACGAGCAUGCUCGUUCUCUGCUGACAGAUCAGAUAUUGAAGAGAGGAUCUCCUGCACUGAGCCAUAUGGAGGCAGCCUGCUGAAGCCAUGCUCAUUUCCUGGCUGGUGAACAGCUGAGCUCAGCGAGCCGAGGUUGACGGAGUCUUGGCCGUCGUUUUCUUGGAUCAACACUGCAGGCUGCGACAGUGAGGACACACACACAGUGAUAUAAGCACUUAAUUGCUGCUUGAAUUUAUGUGUAUGUUUUGAAAUGAGGGUUCACAUCCUGUAAGUGUAUGCUAUAAUAUAGUGACGUUUUAAAGACUGUUAGUGACAGUAAUCAUCCAGCAGAGGGCAGUCACUCCUAUUAAACCUCACUGUUACAUGAGGCACCAAGGCAGGAUGUCACUUAGCACUUCAAACACCAGGCACUGAAAUGUCUUCAAAAUACUAAUGUUACAAAGAGGUUUGCUACUGUUCCUUUGGUCAAAUUCAUCUUGUAAAUUAUAUAUUUGAGAAUGUGUAAUGUUCAUCCACAUUUUGGCCAACAUUUGUAUGUGACUCUAAUCCAAUUUUUAUGACCAUCCUGUGAAUUCUGUCAAUACCUGUGGGGAAACAUAACUGGUUGUAUGGUACAAAAAAGUAUAAGGGCCACAUUGAGGAGACAAAAACUGCAAGAAUAAAGUCAUAACUUAAGAGAGAAAAGUCAAACUAUUUCACCAAAAAAGUGGCAAUAUGACAUGAUUAAACUCAUAAAUGUA